AUGAGUUCAACCUCUCGUCCAUUGAUAGUCCAGAAAUAUGGAGGCACAAGUGUCGGUUCAGCUGAGCGACUCAUGCAAGUUGCCGAGAUUGUCAAACAAACCAAUACAAUGUUUCGACCCAUUGUUGUUCUUUCAGCAAUGAGUGGAACCAUCAAGUCGCAAGGAACAACAACCAGGCUUCUCAAAGCAGUACACGAGGUUCUCAAACCCAACUCAAGAGUGUAUCUAGAUAUUGUGGACUCGCUUGAACAUACCCAUACUGAGACUAUCAGUGGAGCAAUCAUCCAACCUGACAAUGACCCCAACGAUACUAUUCGUACUAUUCGCAAUGAUCUAUUGGCAGAUGUCAAACAAGAGUUUGAUCGACUCCGGUCUUUUAUGUCGGCCGCAGAAAUCAUUGAUGAAAUUUCACCACGAUCCAGAGAUGUGAUUAUCAGUAGUGGCGAAAAAUUGUCUGCAAGGAUAUUUACUGCAGUGUUGGAAUCUCAGGGCGUCAAGGCAAAGUUUUUUAACCUGGAUAAGCUUAUUGAUCGCCAUUUCGAUCCAAAAAACAUCAACCAGUCUUUUUACGACUAUAUUGCAGAACGUUUGAACAAAGUCAUUUACCCUUUUGUAGACACCCAUGUUUGUGUUUUGACUGGCUAUGUGGGUCCUGUUCCUGGCAGCUUGCUGGCUACAAUUGGUAGAGGCUAUACCGAUCUUACAGCUGCAUUGACGGCUGUAGGUCUUUCGGCACAAGAGCUUCAAAUAUGGAAAGAAGUCGAUGGUAUAUUUACAGCAGAUCCACGCAAGGUUCCACGUGCACGUAAAAUAGAGUUUAUCACUCCAGAAGAAGCUGCAGAGUUGACAUACUAUGGAUCCGAGGUUAUUCAUCCAUUUACCAUGGAACAAGUCAUCAAAGCCAGUAUUCCAAUUCGUAUCAAAAACACGUUCAAACCCACUGGUUCAGGUACAGUCAUUCUGCCCAGAGGAAAGUCCUUGCAUUUGGAUCCACUGUCCGAUACAGCACCAAUCUCUUGCAACUCACCAAAAUUGCAAUCAAAACUUCCAACAGCCGUCACGAUCAAAGACGAUGUGAUUGCACUCAAUAUCCAUUCAAAUAGGAAAUCUGUAUCACAUGGGUUUUUUGCACAGAUUUUCUUGACAUUAGAUCGGUUUGGUAUUGCCGUGGAUUUGAUUUCAACAAGCGAAGUACACGUUAGUAUGGCUCUAAGUUCAGUUGCUGUCCAAGAUAAUUUGGACAUGGCGUUGGUUGAGCUGCGUAAGCAUGCAACUGUGGAUACAAUCUACAAUAUGGCUAUAUUAUCGCUUGUUGGAAAAGAAAUGCGAUGCAUGGUAGGUACUGCCAGCAAAAUGUUUUCGACUUUAGCCAAAUACAAUGUCAAUAUUGAAAUGAUCAGUCAAGGUGCAUCUGAAAUCAACAUUUCAUGUCUGAUUGAUGAGCGAAAUGCCGAAACUGCGUUGCGUGCUGUUCAUGAUGAAGUUGUUCUUGGUGGUGAAUAA